AUGAUGACAGAUAAUGAACGUUCAAGAUUUCGCAGCGCAAUGUGGGGUAUUCGUCAAACAACCUAUAGAGAAUUGGGAGUGAUUCAUUCCAGUUAUAGCACUUCACCGGGUGCUCAUGGUGGCCCCGCAUUUUUGCCAUGGCAUAGAGAGUUCAUCAAAAGGUUGACAUGAAG